UAUUACGUGUUGACGUGCUCCUGUUUUACAGUGAAUUUAUUAUUGUUUAAUUGCAACAAUUAAUUGUUAAUUUAUAAUAAAUCAGUUCAUAAACUCGCUGGCUACCGUUUGAGUGCAAAAUUAUUGCUGAAUGUCACGUAUUUUAGCAAAAAAUUGAUAUUGUUUAAAGCGUCCAAAAGUCGCCGGGUCAUGAAGGGACAUCAUGAAAUUUUACGAUACAAAAUGGCCGCAGAUGUAAAAAAAAAGGAUGACCGGGAAUUAUUUGGAAAAAUAACAUGACAAGAAUAAAAGUCUGGGCUUUUUAUUGAACAAGGAGCCAAAUUUACAGUGCCAAAUGGCCAAAGAUACAAAAAGAUGGCUAGAGUUUAUUCGCAAAAUAUGCCUGACAAAGUGAAAAAAAGUCUUGGCAUUUCAUUGAACAACAAAUUAUGUGGCUAAUGAAUGUUUAAAGCUAAUCAAGACUGAAUAUCAAGUGGUUGUUGGCUACAUAAAAAUGUGCUGAUAAUUCAUUAAACUUGUGCAAUUUAGAACCAAGAUAAAAGUGUGUUAAAUAUCAUAGAAUGAUAUUGUACCAAGUGAACUUUCAUAAAUAACUGACAAAUAGAGUUAAUAUGGGAUGUUAUUGAUGAUGAUGCUGGUGGUGGUUGUAGAAGUGGAAUUUGGCCUAUUGACUAAUUGCAAUCAUAAGAAAAUAAUCAUUCAUAUAGACGUAAAAGUAUAUAUCUGAAUCAUGUCUCAUAAAUCAUCUAAAUAGUCAUUGGUGCAUUUGAAUGCUGUCUCCUAGAUCUUCUACAUGGUCGUUGGUGUAUCUGAAUAAUUUCUUCAAGAAGACUAGACACCAGGAAAGACAACUGUGUAUGUACCUUGUCUAGUCUUCUUGCUUGUCUACCUUCUAGAACUUCUAAAUAAGAGGAAAAAAAAGGACAACGACAAUAGCAAAUUAUUGAUUGUGUUAAAAUUGGAAUGCGGUGAUGGCUUUGUUGUACAGAUUCGCACAACUGCCAGAUCGUGGUGGUACGCGAGUCUUUUCAUUUGUCGUAACAAGAAGUGUUGUACGUGAUCCAGAAAGAGAUGUUACAAGUAAAGAACUUGUUUGUGGUUUUCAAAGAUGGGCAGUUGCAUUUUCACGUGGUGACAAAGUUCUAGGUGUAUAUUUGGUAUGGCGUGGUGCAGCACCUGGUUUACGUGUAUAUGUUGAUUUUACAUUUACACUAUUAAAUCGUGAACAUUUUUCUGUAAAUGAAGGUUUUUCUGGUAAACGUGUUAAAUUUACAUAUGAUGCACCAGCUCAAGGUAAUCGUAAUUAUAUACCAGUAUCUGAUUUAUAUAGUCGUAAUUUUGCUGAUCCAAAUGGUGAAUUUCAAUUGGAAUUAUCAAUGGCAAAUGUUAGAACAGUAUUUACAUCUGAAGUUAGAAUGACAACUGGUGUAUUUACUGGUGGUCAACAAAAACCAUCAAAACUUGAAACUGGAUAUUUUACAUUUGGUGGUUUUGAUUGGAAUUUAGCAAUAUAUCCACAAGGUAAUAAAGAAGGUGAAACACGUCAAGAUGGUAAAUUAAGUGUAUAUUUAAUACGUUUAACUGGUUUUGAUCAUCGUUGUCGAGUACGUUAUAGUGUUACAUUGGGUGAUGGUGAUAGACGUCUUGAUUCUGGACAAAUUGAAGAUUUAUCUGAUGCUGAAGGACGUGGUUUUGGUUGGCAUCCACGUGUACGUUGGUCUGAUAUAUCACAUAAAGGUAUAUUACGUGUUACACUUGAAAUGGUUGAAGCUAGAAUAAUAUCUGAAGUUGCUGUACAAGCAAUUGGUCCAUCAAUAUUACCAGCAGCACCAUGUUAUGAUCGUGAUAAACAAGCAUGGACAAUACGUGCUGAUUUACAUUCAGAUACUGUUAGAUUACAUCUUGUUUAUAAAGAUAUACAUAAUGUACCACGUAAUCAUUUACGUUAUAUUAGUUGGUCAGCAUAUUUAAUGAAAAAUGAUGAACCAGAUUCUGAUUCAAUAUUAUUACCAGGUGCACCAUUUAGUCGUUAUUAUGCACAAGAACAAGCUGAUGAAGGUAUUAUUAUGGAAACAAGUCUUGGUGUUAAUGAAGUUAAUAAUGAACAAUGUCAAUUAUUAACAGAUAAAGGACAAUUAAGAAUACGUAUUGAAUGGAAUGAAUGUCAUUUAUUAUUUCAAGCAACAUAUCAUAAAUAUGAUGAUGUUUGUCGUAUACAUAAUCAACAAAUGAGACGUGAAAUUGCUGCAUUACAAGCUGAAAAUUAUAGUUUAGAAAGACAACUAUUUAGUUAUCAAAAAAGUUUAGCAUUUGCACAAGCACAACAAGAACAACAAGAACAACAGGGUAAUAAAUUAUUAUUAUUAUCAUCAUCAUCACAAUUACAACAAUCACCACAAUCAUCACAUACAACUUCAACUACUGGUAUUGGUGUUGGUGCUUGUGGUGGUACUGGUAUACAUGCUGGUAGUAGUGGAAUUAGUGGUGGUGGUGGUGGUAGUAAUGCUAGUGCAAGUGGUACACUAGAAAGAUCAGCAUCAACUGAUACAGAGUAUGCCUGACAAGUAAAUUUAAAUUUAAAUAAUAAUAAAUUAACACCAAUUAUUAAUAAUGAUGAACAACGUUUACAUCAAAAUCUUGUACAACUUAUGGAACGUAGAUUAAGUAAUGUACAAUUACAACAAAAAAUUGAUUCAAUGUCAAUGAGAAGUUCAAGAGGUUCACAAGACAGUGGCUAUUAUCAAUAUUAUUAUAAUAAUAAUAAUUCAACAAGACCAUCAAUUGAUUUAAAAAAUAAAACAUUUAAAAAAAAUUUUAAUACUGAUACAUUGAAUAAUAAUAAUAAUAAUAAUUAUGAAGAAAGUUCACGUAAUAAUUCAAAAAAUUUUACAAAUUUUUCUGAUGGAUUUAUUAAUACUAAUAAUAAUUAUAAUAAUAAUAAUAAUGAUUAUCAUCAUAAACGUACUAGAAAUAGUUUUUGGAAUACACUUGCUAAUCUUGUAUGUUCACUUGGUGCUCUUGCAUCAAGAGCUGCUAAAAUGGCAACACGAAAAAGUGAUUUUAUCUAAAUAAUUUAGGUUUUUUUCAUUUACACUAUUUUUUAAAUAUUUAUUUAUUUAUUUUCACCUAAUAUCUACUUGUCAAUUUAAUUUACACCAUAUUAAAUGAAAUUUUAAUCUUGCCAAUAGUUUUUUUUUUUUUUCAAGCAAUUUUUCAUGUCCUGAAUUUUCUUUUUUUUUAUUUAUCGAUUUAAAAAUAUAUGUGAAUGUGAUGACGAAUUCAUCAAGUCACAUAAAUAUAUAUAUGUGCUUUUUUUUUUUUUAAUUUUUUAAAUAUCAACCGGAUCGAUCUUGCAUGUCAUGUUAUAAUUUUAACAUUGGUGAAUCAGCAAUUUGAAACGAGCCAAAGAUUGGAUCAAUUAUUUCCCAGAAUAAAACUAACACUAUAUUCAAGUAACAUAUAUAUAUUUUUUAAUCAUUUAUAAUUUUAUCAUAAUGAAUUUUUUUUUUGUUUUUUUAUUAAUCAUUUAAUACACGCAAUUGUAUAUUUCGCCUUGAUGAAAAUUGACAACUGAGACAAUUUUUAAAAUAUAAUAUCUCAAUUUUAUAAAUAUAAAAAAAAAAACAAUAUAAUUUUUUUUAUAUUUAAUUUAAUAUAAAAUAUAUUCUUCAGCAUAAUUAAAAUAAUAUAUACUGUAUACUAUGUACAUAUCUAACAAUUUUAAAAGAGAAAAUAAUAAUAAAACAAAUUGACUGGCAUGACAUUGUAGUGGUGGUGAUGUCUUGAGCACAAAACAAACACAAACCACACAACUGAUUAAUAAUUAAGAUUAUUAAAAUUAUUUUACUCGCUCUAUUUAAAUUAAAUACAUUAAUAAUUAUUUAAACAUAAGACAUCACCAGUUAUAAUCAUAAAUGUUUCAGUGUAAAAAGAAAAAUAAUAAUUACAAAAAAAAAUAUUGUGUGAAUUUAAAUUUUUUUAAAAAUCAGCACACAAAUUUCCAUGCUUGUACAAUCGUUAAUAUUAAUUCCUCGUGUCGAUAUUUUUAAAGCUUAUUACACACAUUUAUUAUUAUUAUUACUAUUAUUAUUAGUAUUAUUAUUAAAAUAUAGAAUAAAAAUUUAAAAAAAAAUAUAUUAGAAUAAUUCUACAAGUUGAUAUGUAUAUUGUAAAUUAUAAUUUUGCAGUAUGACAAUCUUUUUUAUUUUUUGUUUAAUUUAUGGCUUUAAAUUUUGAAUGAAAUGAAUUAUUAAUAAUUGAAACAAGGUCAAGUGAGAUGAUGGAUAUUGUUAAUUUAAAAGAGGGUGUUUUGUUAAAGCCUUGACUUGUAAAAUUUAAUUUCAACAUACAUAUGAACAAGUUAAUAUUUAUUAAAUGAAUUUAUAUUUAUUUAAAGAUAUUUACAUUGAAUUAAUUAUUUAAUGAUCUUGAAAUGAAUGAAAAUAAUAAUGUCUUUUUUUGGUUUAUUAAAAAUUUAAAGGUUUUUAUUAUUAUUAUUAUUUAUGGAGGAGGGUUUUUUUUUUUUUUUUUCGAUUUUUUUUUUAUUUGUUUUAUCUCUUUUCUCGUUGAGCACGAAAAGUGAUUAAAUAUUUAAGGAAUUUUCUUGAAAGUUUUGAGCCUCCAAUUUGUAGAGAUUUAAAAAUUUAGAUAAAAUAUAUAUUUUUAAAAUUAAGGGUUGGGGGAUGAUGAUAAGAAAGAUUAGUUUUUGAAUGGAAAUAUUAAGUCAACUAUUUUCAUCGUAUCAUCUAGCUCCAACACACUUUUAUGAUUUUAUUAUUAUUUAUUAUCGUAAUGGAUUUAACCAUUAUUCAAUUUUAUUGAAAAAAAUAAAAAAAAAUACACAUACAUACAGACAGACACAUAAUUGUGAGUGAAUAUAAUGAAAA